AUGGAGAGUCCUCACGGCGGCUCCCUCGGAGAAGGCGGCGCCCUCUCGCCGCCGCCGGAGGCAGUGGGGAUGCUGCACGAGAUGGCGCUUCGGGACAGCCAGCAGGGGGAGGAGCCCGAUCUGCCUGACGAGCAGCUGCGCUCCAACGACCAGCUCCAGCAAGACGAGAUGCUGGCACUGGAGGCAAUUUAUGGAGACAAUUUAAACAUUCUUGGUGAAAAUUCUGUACCACGGUAUUUCCAGAUCUAUGUAUAUUGCGAAAUUCCAGAUGGUAUCAGUGUGUCUGUGGAACUCCCGGGUGUUGAUGAUUACCCAACCAAAUUCAGUGUCGAACACCUGGCUCCAAUAUCACUGACAUGCCUUAUGCCUCCAUCUUACCCGAGCCAUCAUUCUCCAUACUUUACUCUCGCAGUACAAUGGUUGGAUAAUGUGAAGAUUUCCUCCCUCUGUGACAUGCUCGACUCGCUCUGGGCGCAGCAACCUGGACAGGAAGUUAUUUUUGAGUGGGUGCAAUGGCUGCAGAGCUCUACGCUCUCUCAUUUUGGUUUUGAUGACGGAAUAGUAAUACGGGAUUCUGUAAGUACGAUGGAUCAUGUGGAUGUUCGCGUUGUUGGAGAGAUUCUGUCUGUAGAGGAUGUUGUUCAACAGUUGAUCAACUACAAUGAAGAGCAAUGCCAAGAAUCUUUUCUUCAGGGCUUUCAUGUUUGCAUGAUUUGUUUCAGUGAGUACAAAGGCAUCGACUUCAUAAAACUUCCAUGCCGUCAUUAUUUUUGCCGGAAUUGUAUGGAGACAUACUCACAGAUGCAUGUGAAGGAAGGAUCAGUCAUGAAAAUUGUGUGCCCUGAUGACAAAUGCGGAGGGUUUGUUCCUCCUAAUCUACUGAAGAGGCUGCUAGGAGAGGCAGAUUUUGAACGGUGGGAAAGAUUGUUACUUGAAAGGACUCUAGACGCAAUGGCUGAUGUAGCCUACUGUCCAAGAUGUCAGACAGCUUGCCUGGAAGAUGAGGACAACGCCCAGUGCCCCAAGUGCCUCUUCAGCUUCUGCACCCGCUGCAGAGAUCGUCGUCACAUAGGGGAGAGAUGCCUUACUCCAGAAGAAAAACUUCUCUCCUUGCAGGAACGUGAAAAGGUACGCCACUUAAACAAAGGCGAUACUGGACCUAGUAAAUUGGUGGAUGAAUUAUCUAGUAUCAAGGAAAUACUUCGUUCUUGUGUUCCAUGUCCGCAUUGUGGUACCGGCAUCACACGUGUGUCAGGCUGCAACCACAUGCUUUGUAAGAACUGUGGUAAGUUGUUCUGCUAUGGCUGUGGCAAGCCACUAACUCCUGCUCAUACAAGUGAACAAUGCAGAAUCGAUUAUGAGAAGCGGACAGCAAAGGUGGAUUUGGUUGACGCUGUCAAAGAGCUACAGAGAAAACUGAAAGUGGGAGGAUACAAACCGCAUCCAUGCCCGAAUUGCCACCUGAUAACUUACAAGCUGGGAAACAACAACCAUGUCUUCUGCGAGGGAUGUCAGGUUCAUCAUUGUGCUCUGUGCCGGAAGGUGGUGCGGAAGAGCUCGGAGCACUAUGGCCCUCGAGGGUGCAAGCAGCACACUGCUGACCCCGAGAUCACUCGGAUUAGACCAAAGAAGAACAAUGACUCUCAAUCAGAAUCCUUGUGA